AUGUCUCUGAUGAUGGAUUCGAGUGAGAAUCCGAAACGUCAGGCAAAUAAAAUUCUUGUCCCAUUGAUCGCAUCUUCAUCUUCUGAACUGCUACCUGGGACUCGCCUGUUCGCUUCUAUCAGCAAUCUUUUUGGGCGCGAAGCGCUCCGAUCGGCUCGAUGGUGGGAAACCUUUGCCCUUCGAGAGUCGUCAACAUAUGCGCAGAUUCGAUUUCUGCACAGGUGUCUCGACAACAAUGUGCUGCCGAAGUGCGUUUCAUACAAACCUCCGGUCAACACAGAGCUGGCGAGACGCGCAGUACUUCAGCACGGCCGACGAAUGAUCCGAGUGCUCCUGAAAGACUGUAACUCACGGAUUCGCAAAUACCGUCAGAGGAUUGACCAAGAGAAAGCAAGGUGCUGCGAGUUCAUGGGCGAGGACGGCAUAAAACUGCUUCAGCAGAGGCUGGCCGAACGAACCCGCGAACAUAAAGCAACGCGAGAAGCAGCCCUAGAGAGCAAAUUUCGUAAGCUGCCUGCUCCAAUGUCAUCCAAGAACGACAAACUGGUGCACAACUUGUCGUCAAAGGAGCUGACGGAGGAACAAAUGCAGGUUUUACGGCAUGAGGCCUCAUUCAACACAGCCGAUGCCAAACCUGCCAACAUGAUCGCAGCAGUGGAAUCAAUCCUCAGCCAGACGGGAGCGACAGACGAAACGAAGAACCUCAUUCGACACCAAGUGUCCUCCCUCUUCAUGGCUCAUAGGCCGCGCGAUGUGCUUUCCAAGGUCGAGCGCGAUGCACUUAAGGAACUCAGGGCCGACAACGACCUCGUUAUCGUGCCUGCGGACAAGGGGCGUUCAACGGUCGUAUUGGACAGGACAGACUACAAUCAAAAAGCCAAAAGCUUGUUGGAGGAUCGUCAGUCCUAUGUCCCAUGCGAAUCCAACCCCAUGAAAACGCUGACACGCGAGACUAACGCGACGCUGUUGGCAAUGGAGAACACAGGUGCAAUAUUGCCAAUCGACCGACGCAUGGCGAGAGAACAAGAAACGGCCCUAGCCCGAUUCUACGGUCUCCCAAAAGUGCACAAAGAGGACGCUCCUCUCCGGCCUAUCGUAUCACUAAAGGGCACUCCAACCUACGGACUGGCAAAGUAG